CGAUGAGGAGCAGACAGGAAGCUGCUCUCAGCUCCAGUCUGACUCUGAACACGUCGCUGCUGCAGCUCAUGGAGCUGAUCUGUGCUUCAGGUUGAAGCAGAGUCCAGAAGGAAGCGUUCAUCAGAGACGGCUGAGCUUUGAAGCUGACGCUUCACAUCCAUCUGACUGUUUCACUGCUUUUACUGAGCUUCUGAGCAGCAGAGACGCUGAAUGACGGCAGCUGUGCGUCAGAGACCACGUGGCCUCGUCCUGGUUGGUCCUCAGCUGCAUCAGACGCCACUUCUCCUCAGGUUCACCAGAGGAAACAGCGCUGCACAAAAUGCUUUUCCUCCCAGCUGCUGCUCUGUGCUGCCUGUGUUCAGCACUGGUUGCCAUGGCAGCACAGCUGCAUCAGGAGGACUUAACCUUGACCAGGAGGUCGGGAGGAAGCAUCUCCUUCAGCUGUCGAGACACUCACCAGUGUGGCAGCUACAUCUACUGGUACCAGAAGAAACAAGGAGGAACGUUCAGAGUGAUUCUUGGUAUUAAUAAGAAUAAUGGAAACAUAGCUAAAGGUUACAAUCAUCCUCAGGAAAAUGAUUUCUCAUCAGUAAAUAAAGGAAAAGAUUGGGAGCUGGAGCUCAAACAGGUUAAAGUGGAUCACGCUGCCUCCUACUACUGCACCUGUUGGAAGUCUGGAUAUUGGUACUACAUAUUUGGUUCUGGAACUGAACUGGUCGUCACAGACGAGCCGGUGCUGAAGCCCGUGGUGAGCGUGUACCCAGCAGCGUCCAGAGGCCUGGAGGCGAGCGGCUCCCUGCUGUGCGUGGCCUCGCACAUGUUUCCUCCUCGAGUCCGCUUCUCCUGGAAGGUCCAGAAGGAGGACGGCUCCUGGGCCAAGCCGAGCCGACCCGAGGAAGAGCAGCUGGAGCUGGAGGAGUCGGGACGCAGCGCCUCCAUCCUGCUCCACGGGCCACAGAGCAGCACCGCUAAAUACCGCUGUGAGGUGCAGCACGAAGGGGGGGCGGCGGAGGCCCGCACGGCUCAAGAGGUUCCGGCUCCAGCGGCCUCGUGUCCUCCAGAGAGAGAAGCAGCAGCGCCGGCAGCUCUGCAGCCGACUGACGAGCUUCCCCUGGACCGGGACCGGGACCGGGACCGGGAGCAGAACCCAUUGGAGCAGCAGCGGGUCAAGCUGCUGUGCGUGUGCUCCACGGUGCUGAUAGUCAAGAGUCUGGUUUACUGCUGUGGACUCUCUGUGCUGAGGAUCCUCAGGACCGAGCCUCACCUUUUCUGAGCAGCUCCACAGACCUUUGAUCCACAUUUAAAAUGGAAACUAUGACCUGUUGGAUGUGUCAAUGAGUCUUAGAUGACGUAACCCAUCAAUGUUUUGUUCCUCAAACAUCUGUCCCAGGUCACCGGUCACUCAAUAUGUAGAAGUGUUUAUUAAUUUCUUUUGUUAAAAACAGAAAGUGAUGCUUCUCUGUGGCUUACAGAUUAUUUUUUAUGUAAUAAUGUUUUCUGCUUGUUUUUUUAUAUUAUAUUAAAGUGUGACAAGUUUGUGAGUUUGAAUUUACUUAAUAAUAAAUUUAAUUGACUUAACAAUUAA